GACAAACAAUACACUUUUUUCUCCUCGGGAGGCUGCCAACCUUCCUGCUGUUGUUAAAGUCAAUCUCAGUGUCUGGCAUAAAAUAUUUAAAAAGAGAUAAGGGCAUAUUAAGAGGUUGAAAGUACUCAUCCCAAGCGCCUUGCAAGAAUUUAACCCUUUUCCCUAUUUCCUGUUGUUCUUGUUAAAUCCGAAUGCCUGUUGGUUCGCGCACAGCGCGCCAGGGGAGUCCAAGAGAUAAAUAGUUAGCCACAAGAGGAGAGAAUGCUUAAAGAAAAGAAGAAAGACACAUGUACGCAGCGUAAAAAUUGUGCACAGAAGUAAGUGUCCGCAUAGUUCCAAUUCAGUAGCCAACCGAAGCACCAUUUGUUGUUAAGUGAGGAAGUCCUGCGCAGGGAUCGCGGAUAGAUGGGACAUUGUUUUUUCUUUCUUUCUCUCCCCGUCUCUUCCCCCCACUGCGGCUCAUUUUCCCCUCUCCACACUCAGUCACCACCGCCACCAUCAACCACCGCCACCACUACCACCACCAUAUCCAUCGCUCCUCUUCCACUCUAUCCCAUUCCCCCGCCAGCUCAUCCUCACCACACACGGGCACACGAGCGCAGAAUCAAGGAUUGUCUAGCAUUCGUUUUCUCCGCAUCCUCAAUCCUAUCCUCUGCUCACCUGGCCACCAGUUUUGACACGGCUGAAACUCGCCACAAACGUACACUACCUCCAUAGACUUUAUUCAGCUCCUUCAUGCUCUUUCGACUGAGUGAUACAUAGUUAUGUUCUUUCUUCUUUCACAUUUGCUAAGAUAACUGUUUCGAAAGCGAACCCGUCCGCUCUCUUUGUUGCAAGGGUCUCCUCACUCUAACUCUCCCACCAACAGCGCAGACGAGACCGGAAAAAGAACUCUAUAUAUUAUUUCAAUCUACUUCAAUCCACCCUUCCUUCGCCUUUGCCUGGGCGACAGUCCGUUACUCCACGAUUCCCGUACCCUACGCAAGGAAGAAGAAACUAGCCCGCAAAAAUGGACGGGGACGAUGAACUCAUGGCCACGGUCUACAAAAAGAUCGAGCGGGAAAAGGCCCUCAUUACCGCUGCCACCAACAUGCGACAAUCAACAGAUAACCCCCUCGUGCAACAACGAGUUGACGCAAAUAUCCGCGACAGUCGCAAGAAUAUCGUCUACCUGGAAGAAAAGAUGCGGGAACUCCAGAUUCGCAAAAUGGGCCGUGAUGGCGGCCAGUCCCCCGAGCAGCCUGGCUCUCCAGCAAGUCCUCGCGGCGCUUCCCGUGGCUAUGGCGGUGGCCCACCGCCUCCUCCAAAAGAUGAUGGUGGUCGUUAUACCCCAAAUGAUAGGGGUGAUUAUGGAGAUGUCGGCCCACGGGGAUACAGCCAAGGUGGAACUGGAGCUAUGCCACCCCGUGCUCCAUAUGGUGACCCCAGGCCUGAUACCGGCGUACCAAAAGCACGACCAAAUUUUAGCAAACUAGAUUUGAUUAAAUACGACACGCCAUAUCUUGGACCGAAAAUUCAACUCAUGUUAUCGCAGUUAGAAUUCAAACUAAGUGUUGAGAAGCAGUACAAAGAUGGCAUUGAGAAGAUGGUGCGAUUAUAUCAAGAUGAGGGAGACCGGAAGAGCAGAGCGGAUGCCGAGGGUCGACGAAUCGAGAGCAUCCAAAAAAUCAGGCUCCUAAAGCAGGCCCUGAAAAGAUAUGAGGAUCUACACGUUGACAUCGAAUCCUCUGCGGAUCAUCCCGACGAUGAGAGUCUGAAUUCGCCUAAUAUCAGAAAGCCCCUUACCGGCCAUUUAACGAUGCGCAUCCACGCAGUGAAAGACGUUGAUCACGCAGCAAGCUCUCGGUUUUCACGAGGCCCUGAAACAUUCGUUAUCAUGAAAGUGGAAGAUGCGAUUAAGGCAAAAACUAGAGCCACUAGGAGUGAUAAAUGGACUGAGGAAACUUUCAACGUGGAUAUCGACAAAGCCAACGAGAUCGAACUUACAGUUUACGACAAAGCUGGAGAUCGACCAACUCCAAUCGGAAUGCUUUGGAUCCGAAUAUCCGACAUUUCCGAAGAGAUGCGACGGAAAAAGAUUGAAUCAGAGUUCAAUGCGUCCGGAUGGGUGUCCGCUGAUAAAAUGGAACACGGAGGGGCAGGUGGGAUUAGACCUGAUGCCCAGUUCCAUGGCGUUCCUCAACCCUCUUUUGGUGGGGGAUCACAAGCAGAGCCCAAUCCUCAAAUAAAUCAGAAUGCAACCGUUAUGAUUGAUUCAUGGUUCGCUCUAGAGCCUGUCGGGAGAAUACAUCUCACGAUGAGCUUUGCAAAACAAUUGAAAGAUCGACGGCCGUUUGAUAUCGGUCUCAAUCGGCAGGGUGCCGUUCGUCAGAAGAAGGAAGAGGUUCACGAGAAGCAGGGACAUAAAUUCGUUACACAGCAGUUCUAUAACAUUAUGCGCUGCGCUCUCUGUGGAGAUUUCUUGAAGUAUGCUGCAGGCAUGCAGUGCUCAGAUUGCAAGUACACCUGUCACAAAAAAUGUUACCCAAAAGUCGUCACCAAGUGUAUCAGCAAAGCGAAUUACGAGACCGAUCCAGACGAUGAGAAAAUCAAUCAUCGUAUUCCACAUCGGUUCGAGGGAUAUUCGAACAUUUCUGCCAGUUGGUGUUGCCAUUGUGGCUACCUGUUACCAUUCGGGCGGAAGAAUGCCAAAAAAUGCUCAGAAUGCAGUCUUACGUGCCAUGCGCAGUGCGCACAUCUCGUCCCGGACUUUUGUGGGAUGUCUAUGGAAGUUGCCAACCAAAUUUUGGAGACUCUCAUCAAAACCAAAAAUCAUAAUAAAUCUGCGUCAGUGGGAGGUACAGGAAUAAGUAGCCGUACUUUACGUCCUCCUGGCCGGCCACAACCAGCGGCCGAGAGCGGACAGCAACCGCAAGAUGUGGCAUAUGGGCAGCCCCCGAAACCCGCUUCCGCGGAGGCAGUUAGUGCGGCUCAUGGUUCCUACACUCCUCAGUCACCAGUCGCGUCACCCAGACAGAGUCAUCCUCCCCGUGGCUCCUCGAACGCGGCCGCAGCCGCUGCUGCUGCAGCUGCAACGGGCAUGCGUCCAUCUUCGCAACUGGGACCUCCCGCCCCCUACGACAGGAUCCCGGAUUACUCUGGUAAUAGACCAGCCGACAGGUAUCCAAUUGAUUCUCGCAGCGAUGCAGAUGCAGCCCGUCAGCCUCAACAGCAGCAGCAGCCGCCGUCACAUACUCCCUAUGAUCCUAGUGCCUAUGCGAGCAUAAACACAUACGGCCAGGCACCACAACUCCCCACUCUACAGGCCGCCCAACCUCCCGGUCCCUAUGGCCACGCCCAGCACACACCACUUACGUCGCAGCCCCCCAUGUCGACACUCCCUAUGAAGGAACCCCAGUCAGGGCCAGUCGCCACCCAGCAACCGCCACAACAACCGAAGCCCAAAGUUGGUCUGGAUCAUUUCAACUUCCUCGCAGUUCUUGGAAAGGGAAACUUCGGCAAAGUUAUGCUUGCCGAGACGAAGGCUUCCAAGAAACUAUACGCUAUUAAAGUCCUGAAGAAGGAAUUCAUUAUUGAGAAUGAUGAAGUGGAGAGUACGAAGUCUGAAAAACGGGUGUUCCUGAUUGCUAAUAAGGAACGGCAUCCGUUCUUGCUCAAUCUUCACGCAUGCUUCCAGACAGAAACUCGUGUCUAUUUCGUCAUGGAAUAUAUUUCUGGUGGUGAUCUCAUGCUCCAUAUUCAACGUGGCCAGUUCGGCUUGAAGCGCGCACAGUUCUAUGCUGCGGAGGUCUGUUUGGCGCUAAAAUAUUUCCACGAGAAUGGCGUGAUCUAUCGUGAUUUGAAACUCGAUAAUAUUCUGCUAACGCUAGAUGGCCACAUCAAAAUUGCUGAUUAUGGCUUAUGUAAGGAGGAAAUGUGGUAUGGAUGUACUACCAGUACGUUCUGUGGUACCCCAGAAUUCAUGGCACCAGAAAUUCUCUUGGACAAAAAGUACGGCCGCGCAGUUGAUUGGUGGGCAUUUGGCGUCCUGAUUUACCAGAUGCUUCUUCAACAAUCCCCUUUCCGCGGCGAAGACGAGGACGAAAUAUACGAUGCAAUUUUAGCGGAUGAACCUCUGUAUCCAAUCCAUAUGCCCCGCGAUUCUGUAUCGAUUUUACAAAAGCUCUUGACUCGAGAACCGGAAAUGCGACUUGGAUCUGGCCCAACGGAUGCACAAGAGAUUAUGUCGCAUGCAUUCUUCCGGAACAUUAACUGGGAUGAUGUAUACCAUAAGCGCGUACCUCCGCCAUUCUGCCCGACUAUCUCUAACCCGACGGAUACAAGUAACUUCGACCAAGAAUUUACAAGCGUCACUCCCGUGUUGACUCCCGUGCAAUCAGUCCUCUCCCAAGCGAUGCAGGAGGAAUUCCGCGGUUUCUCAUAUUUUGCCGAUUUUGUUUGAUUGAUUAGCUCCAGAGCCUAAAAUAAAUUGAUCACGAUCCUCUUUAUCGGGGCUUCUAGACGCUCUCUAUCAUCUCCUAUAUUUUGGUCUCAUGCUUCUUCUCUUGCUUCCCCUUUCUUCUUUUUCUUCAAGGUCUUUUUUGAAAUGAGGAUGACUGAUCCUUUUACCACCACAUCUCUGAUCAAAACUUAACUUUCGUCUCUCCAACCAAUGAUAGACGCUCCAUUUAAACGAAAACCACUUCUCCUGGUUCGAAACAAGAAAGUAUGUACCUGCAUAUAUACAUCCCGCCGGUGGAGAGAAGAGCUGGACUCCAGACCAAGAACACUGCCGGACUUGUUCGAGUUAACCAAAAUGUCAUAUUUCUGGGGUAGGUGGCGAUAUACAAGCUUCUUUUUAAUAACAAGAUUGCCUUUUUAAGAAAAAGAACGAAUAAAACAGAUUUAUGGUAGCGAGAUAAUGUGGUGGUGGAGGACUUUUCUUAGGCCUAUUUUUUUUCCCCGCUUUUUGCCUUCCUUUUUGUGCUUCUAGUCUUCUUUUUAUCUCUCCAUCUUCUCAAAAUCACCCUCUCACUUAAUCAUUAUUUAUUCUGUUUUGUUCUACACCUAUACCUUUAUUAUUAUUAGUUCAUAUAACUGUUUUCCUCCUUUCGCUUUCCUCCUUUUGUUCGUCUUUGGUUUCCCUACUUCCAAAUGGGAUGGGGGUGUGGGUGGUGUAGGAUGGCCAGACAAGGGCUUGGAUUUUCAUUGUUCAGCUGUAGUAUCUAGACAAUGGAUAUCUAUUCCUUGGUCGCGACCUGCUGCGAAGUGAUUGCAUCCAAGGAUACGGGUAGGGAAGGGAAGGGAGGACAAAACGAAGUAGUUACUAGCCCUAUUUUGCUUCUCUCUCUUUAAGUUGCCCUUGUUAUGUAGUCGUUUGAAUUAUACCCCUCGUUGCUAUUCAUAUACGUAUUACUAUUAUUGCUAUGAAUGGUCUUGUUUACUUAAAAAUACGCAAUGGAUCUGUGGAUGGUGACAUUUCUCCAGAGAGUUUGGGAUGCUUUUAUCUCAGCAGACUCUCUGUUCUGCUCAGUUCCAGCAUAUUACCUAAAAAUUACAUAUUUUCAGAG